AUAAUUAAGCUGAAAGCAGAAGCCCGUCUUGAUCUGUUGAAGCAGAUCGGUGUGUCUGUGGAUACGUGGCUAAAAAGCGCCAUGAACCAGGUGAUGGAAGAACUGGAAAACGAACGCUGGGCCAGCCUGCCUUCGGUGACCAACAACGGCUCUUCACACCUGAUUAAUGCUGAUGCAGAAAAGGAAGAAGGUGAAGAGUUUGAAGACAGCAUGGAUGUUUUUGAUGACAGUAGUUCUAGUCCUUCUGGUACUCUAAGAAAUUAUCCUCUCACCUGCAAAGUUGUUUAUUCAUAUAAGGCUUCUCAGCCAGAUGAAUUGACCAUAGAGGAACAUGAGGUAUUGGAGGUUAUUGAAGACGGAGAUAUGGAAGACUGGGUAAAGGCACGGAAUAAAGCGGGCCAAGUGGGUUAUGUGCCGGAGAAGUACCUGCAGUUCCCGACAUCCAGCAGUCUGCUGAGUAUGCUGCAGUCCCUUGCGGCACUGGAUAGUCGAUCACACACCUCAAAUAACUCCACUGAGGCUGAUUUAGUCUCAGGCAGCCUGAAUGGAGACUCCAGUGUCUGUUUUGUAAAAGCACUUUAUGAUUACGAGGGUCAGACAGACGAUGAGCUGUCCUUCCCGGAAGGAGCCAUCAUCCGCAUCUUGAACAAGGAAAAUCAAGAUGAUGAUGGCUUUUGGGAAGGAGAAUUCAACGGACGUGUUGGGGUGUUCCCGUCAGUAUUAGUUGAAGAGCUUACAGCCUCAGAAAACGGAGAGACUCAGUGGAUUGGAGAUAUUCAGGUAUCCCCGACUCCGAAGCCCAAUAACGCCCUUCCACCACUGCCGCUGUAUGACCAGCCUCCCACCAGCCCCUACCACAGUCCGGAUAAAAGAGGUUCUCAGUAUUUCCCCAGAUCACCAUCAACUAACGAAAACAGCUUCAAUUCAGAGUCCCCUGGAUUCUCACAGCCUCCGCGAAUUCCUCCCGAAAAUUCAUAUGGCAAACUGCGACCUGUGCGAGCAGCUCCACCACCCCCUACGCAGCAUCAUCGCCGGACAACAGAGAAGAUAGAGGACGUGGAAAUUACUCUGGUGUAAUGAUUGGACUAGUUAAGUAGUAGUGCUACAAUCAAGACCAAACGCGGUAUUUGGUCAAUCUCGUUUUUAGGCACCUUUGCAUGAUGAAGACUUUUAAUAGAGCAAGAGAUAGGAAGGAUUUUAUGUGGCAGUGACAUGGUGGAUUCCUUCCCACAGUCAUGACUAUUUUGUGCCUUUUUUUGUUUGUUUUCUUUUGAUUUAUAUACAUCAUUCUUCCUCUCUUAGCAC